CGCGCUCUCCGUCAUUGGCUCGUGCAGCGCACGCCACUGAUUCUGCGGUAAAGAUGGCGGCGGCGGAGGGGGCGCGCAGCGGCUGGAGCAGAACGGAACGACCCCAGACGGGUUCGUUUUAAGAGAAACAGUGCUGGGGGCAGGAGGAUUGUACAUUCCCGUUUAACAGAGCCGCUUAUCCGGUGCCGUUUAGUAGAAUUUAACGAUUAGACAGUGUGUUGUUAGCUGUUAGGUGGUGGGUGGGUUCUAUCGCUCGCUCUCAUACACACACACACACAUACUCACAGAGACUGCUAAGCUAAGCUAACGGAGCUCGGUCCGGUCCGGUAGAGGAGGAAGAGGAGGAAGAGGAGGAGGAGGGUGACCAAGAAAGGGAAGACUAUCAUCCCUAGCAGAACAGGCCGUCGUCCCGCGGUUCGUUCGUUGUGGGAUGUGAGCGGUCCAAACGGACGGCGGGUCUUUCCACAGAUCUGUGUUAUUUUCCCACCCAGAACACUCGCAGGAUGGGACAACAGGUAGGCCGCGUGGGAGAAGGGGCUUCCGCGGGGAUUCAGACCCCACCGCAGGGGCAACCGCAGCAGGGCAGAUCGAACCGGGCCAGCAGCUCCGGGAGGAGACCCCGAGACGGCGGCGGCGGCGGCGGCGGCAGCAGCAGCAACAUCACAGGGACGCCACCGGGCAGAACUGCCGUCGCUGCAGCGAACAUCAUGCCGGAUCCAGGAAUCAAUGUUUUCACCCUGCACUCAGAGGCCCUGCACAGGCCGUUUGGACUGGACUCGACGGCGCUGACUGAAGCGGUGCGCUGGAGCUCAAAGGAGAAUCUGUUGGGUGCUGCGGAGAGUGACCCGAACCUGUUCGUUGCGCUUUACGACUUUGUUGCCAGUGGUGACAACACGCUGAGCAUCACGAAAGGAGAGAAGCUGCGAGUGUUGGGGUACAAUCAGAAUGGAGAGUGGAGUGAAGUCCGUUCGAAGAAUGGCCAGGGUUGGGUACCCAGUAACUACAUCACCCCCGUGAACAGUCUGGAGAAGCACAGCUGGUAUCAUGGGCCCGUGUCCCGCAGCGCCGCGGAGUACCUGCUCAGCAGCCUGAUCAACGGCAGCUUCCUGGUGAGGGAGAGCGAGAGCAGCCCUGGCCAGCUCUCCAUCUCGCUUCGCUACGAGGGACGGGUCUAUCACUACCGGAUCAACACCGCCUCUGACGGAAAGGUCUACGUAACUGCUGAGAGUCGUUUUAGCACGUUAGCUGAGCUGGUUCAUCAUCAUUCCACAGUGGCAGAUGGUCUGGUAACCACACUACACUAUCCCGCUCCAAAAUGCAACAAGCCAACCGUCUACGGCGUCUCUCCCAUCCACGACAAGUGGGAGAUGGAGCGCACCGACAUCACCAUGAAGCACAAAUUGGGCGGUGGCCAGUACGGAGAGGUGUAUGUCGGAGUUUGGAAAAAGUACAACCUCACUGUAGCUGUAAAAACACUAAAGGAGGACACCAUGGAAGUUGAGGAGUUUCUGAAGGAGGCUGCAGUCAUGAAGGAGGUGAAGCAUCCCAAUCUAGUACAGUUACUGGGUGUGUGUACACUGGAGCCUCCAUUCUACAUAGUGACCGAGUACAUGCCCCACGGGAACCUGCUGGAUUAUCUGCGUGAGUGUGACAGGGAGCAGGUGAACGCUGUGGUGCUGCUCUACAUGGCCACUCAGAUCUCCUCCGCUAUGGAGUAUCUGGAGAAGAAGAACUUUAUCCACAGGGACUUGGCUGCUCGUAAUUGUCUGGUUGGAGAGAAUCACGUGGUCAAGGUGGCUGAUUUCGGACUGAGCCGUCUGAUGACAGGCGACACCUACACCGCUCAUGCAGGUGCCAAAUUCCCCAUAAAAUGGACAGCACCAGAGAGUCUGGCCUACAACACCUUCUCCAUCAAAUCAGAUGUGUGGGCAUUUGGAGUUUUGCUUUGGGAGAUUGCGACGUACGGCAUGUCUCCAUACCCGGGUAUCGACCUGUCUCAGGUGUACGACCUGCUGGAGAAGGGCUAUCGUAUGGAGCAGCCCGAGGGCUGUCCCCCUAAAGUUUACGAGCUCAUGAGAGCCUGUUGGCAGUGGAGUCCACUGGAUAGACCCUCAUUUGCUGAGAUUCACCAGGCCUUUGAGACCAUGUUCCAUGACUCAAGCAUCUCAGAAGAGGUAGCCGAAGAACUGUGUAAAACCGCAUCUAGUGGGCAAGGUGGGCUUGCACACACUUUCGGCCACGAUAUGCCACUCUUGCCAUCAAAGUCUCGUGGCCAGAAGAAACACUCUGAGAACAAAGAGAAUAUGGAGGAGGCAGGACCCCAUGGCCCUGCAGGUCUUGCAGCAUCCCUUUUUGUUGGUGAUGGACGCUCCAGCAGCUCUCCAGCCCUACCACGUAAACAGAGGGAUAAGUCUCCCUCUAGCCUGCUGGAGGACUCCCAGGACACCACCUUCACCCGUGACCGCAAAGCUGGCUUCUUCAGUUCUUUCAUGAAGAAGAAGUCCAUGUCCUCAUCUUCUACUUCAUCCUCACCUCAGCAGCAGCAGAAUCUCCCAAUGCCACCCAAGAGGAGCAGCUCUUUCCGGGAGAUGGAGACCCAGCCUCAUAAAAAGUAUGAGCCCACGGCUGGGUUUGCAGGCCCUCCUCCUCCUUUGCCCCAGACUGAUGGGUUGAGUUUCUCUCCAUCUCAUGGAGAGGGGAACCAUGUACAGUCCCGCUGUUGUGGGGCCACGUUUGGGCAGAAGCCCUCAUGUUCAAACUCUGGAGCAACCUCUGGUCAAGUGGGAGGAAGCAGUAGUUGGGGAAGCCUAGCUGGCUUCUUCACUCCUCGCCUUAUCAAAAAGACCCUGGGAUUGCGGACUGGUAAGCCUUCUGGGAUAGACGAAGGGAGUGGGACCAAGCCAUUCCCUCGUUCCAAUUCAACUUCGUCUAUGUCUGCUGGGUUGCCAGACUUAGAGCGCAUGGCAUUGACAUUACCAAGAAACCGUAGCAAACCCCCACUAGAGCGCACAGCUUCCACCACCUCACAGCCAGAGAACGGGGCAGCACGACCUUCGGAUGCAAUUCUGAGGAAGCUUGAUGAAGGUACGGCUCAGAUACGGGAUCGUCCCAAAGCCAAACUCUUGCCACGAGGGGUCGCAGGUGGAGUUAGGGCACCAGGUGUAGGGGGAGAGGCUGAUUCGGACUCCAACACACGGGGAAAGGAUGGCCAAGAUGACAGGCAAGGCUGGUCGUCUCCAUCGAAAACCUCCACCCUUGGUUCAGUCAAUCUGCACAACCACAAAGUUCCAGUUCUGAUCUCACCAACCCUAAAGCACAGCUCGACCGACGGCCUAGUUGGCGUGGACUCUCAGGGCAACCGCUUCAAACUGCUGUCUGACAGUGGGGAUCGUGACCGACCACGACUCGUGAAGCCAAAAUGUGCACCACCUCCACCGCCCAUGCUCCGUUCCCUCCAACACGCCUACAGUGCCGAUGCAGCUGAUGAAGCAGUAAGUGGGAACAUGGAGGUCAAUGGAGAUGGCGUCAGAAGGUCAGGGAGAGAAGCCAGAGGGACACGUCCAUCAAUACCACCACCACAAGUGCCUCCAGCUCCCAUAGUCCCUACUAGCAACACCACCACCCAGACUAAGAUGGCCAACGGUGCUUCCAGUGGCGGACCUGGCCCUACUUCCGCCAAACCCACCCUUAGACGGACUCGGCAGCAGACAGAACGGAUCCCCCUGGAGAAGAUCAGCAAGGAGGCUCUUUUGGAAUGUGCUGAAUGCUUGAGUAGUGCUCUUCAAGGCAACACCGAGCUUUCUUCCAGCAGCCAGGUUCUGGAUGUGGGACACCAACUUUUGGACUAUUGCUCGGGGUAUGUCGAUUGCAUCCCACAGACGCGUAAUAAGUUUGCCUUUCGCGAGGCAGUGGGUAAACUGGAGUUGAGUCUACAGGAGCUGCGUGCUUCCUCUGCGGGUGGGGGAGCGGGACUAGGGGCACCUGGGACCAGUCCGGCUCUUGACAACUUGCACACAUGCAUUAAAGAGAUCAGUGAUGUAGUGCAAAGGUAGCCACCUCUAGCUACACUCUCCAAAACUCCUCCUCCUGUACCCCUUGAAACUUUUUGCCCCAAAAUCAAUCUAGUUUUAUUUAAAUUUUGGGGGACAGAGAUUAUUCUCUAAAAAGUACCUCAGAAAAUUAUUACAAACACAUACACACACUCUCUCUCUCUCUCUCUCUCUCUCUCUCUCUCUCUCUCUCUCUCUAUUGUUUACAGGUGACUUUCUCAUUGAAAUUGCCAGUUGGGAACAGAGUUCAUUGUAUAUAAGCUUUUUGUCACUACCAAAAUACACAUGGUUUUGUUUUUGACAGAUUUACUUUGUAAUUAAUAUUUACAGUUUUAUCUUGGUAUGACAGAAUGAAUUUUCACAAAUAGACAGGGGUUGCACAGGUUAAGGUGAGCCUACUACAUGCUAACUGGUCCACUUAUCAUCCAUUUUGUUUUUAGAUAAAGAUUUCCAUUCACUUUUUUUGGAUCUUUAAUUUGCAUUUGAUUCACAGUAACUGGAUAUUGCAUCAGAUUGUCAAUGCGAAUAUGCCCACCAUUUAAAACAUGAAUCAAUUUUGCUUAAUCAUAAACAAAAUUGCUUGUUCAGAACAUAGAGUAGUAAUGAAUGUGGAUUGCAAACACAGUCAGCUCACAUUUGUUCAGUUUCAUUUUACACACAAAAAACUGCUUCUGUCUACAUCCCAUACUGUCAUUUUUAAUUUGACCAUAUUUGUUAAACACUACAGCAUUUGAUGACCAUUGAUGAUUUUGUAGAGCUUUCUGUAAUUAGUCUUUAUUUUGAUAUGGUCCAUGCAUUAGUUGUUAGUAGUGGUUUGCUGUGGCGUAGUUGAAAUGGUGUUGGGUCUGUCACCACAUGGAUCAUGUUUGGCCUUUUAUAUCUGUGGCCUUUAGAUAAUUUCCCCAUCAGCAAGAUGACACACAACUACAUUCAUACUCUAGAGUUCUUAACACUCGAGAAUUCUAAACAUAUGUCUAGAUUUUAUUGAUUUGCCGUAGGGGAAUUAUUUGAUGUGUGGAUAGUCCGAAUUUAUUUUAUGACUAUGUCAUGGUGCCAACACAAAAGCAGCAACACUACAGAUACAAGUAUUGCCAAGUCUUUUAACACGCAUUUUCUUUAGCACAUUGAUUUGUAAUUUUAUUUUGAUUUCACUUUAGAAUGUCGCCAUUUGUAAACUUGAAUUUUAAAUUAUUUUCUAUUAAAAGCACAGGCAUUUUUAUGAUAUUGUAGAUAUUGCAUAUUAUUUUAUACCCACAAACAGGUGUGAAAGGUCAUGCUCACUUGUGUCCUUGUGGUGAGGUUUUGGUGUGAGGGUCUCCAUCUGUGCAUCUACAUAAUGAAUGUAUUCAUUUGUUAAAAACAGGAAUGUUUUGUGUGUGUGUGUGUGUGUGUGUGUGUGUGUGUGUGUUUUCCAUAGUCUCCCUUCACAUCUUUAUUAAAAAGAAACAUUAUUAAAAGAAGCAUUUUCUUCAGGACACAAAUGGUUACACAUGUCUGUAUUCAUGAAAUGAUAGAUUUCUAUUAGAAUUUGCAUAAAUGAGAUUUUUGUGGGUACCCUGCAAUGUCAUAAUUAAAAUGUAAUGAAGCUGAUUUGUACCGAUUACACUGGAGCACAUUUUUAAAGUAUAAAUGUUGAUUGCCUUGCCUUAAUUCACUAUCUAGGUAUGUAAUAUGGACGUUUUAGAAGGCGAAAUUGUUUUUGCCAUACAUCUCCAUGACAUUUCAGUUCCACUGCAGCAGAAAUACAUACAUGUUGUUUGUUCAAAAAUCAUUCUAGAUCACAGCAUAAUUUGCCUACACUAACUUAGCUUCUUUUGCCAUUUUUUUUUUUUUUUUUUGCCAUGGGCAAUGUUUCCUGAUAUUACAUGGUGCCUUUUGUAAGAGAUUUAAUGUUUUGUGCACUGCAAGGUCAUGUUAAAGAUAUGUUUAUGUAAAUAUAUUUUGCUCUCAUGUAUUCAAUAUCAAUUUUAAGGUGGCAAAUGGGAAUUUUCAAGCCUUUAUUAUCAUUCAAGCUACCCUGUUUAGACAUCUGGGGGUGUGAGGUGUCCCAACUUGAAUAGGAAAAAGUGCAAUGAUCUGUCCUUUAAUAAGAAAAAGACAGUGCUUGAAGUCUGGUCUUAUUUUACUGAGAGAGCUCAUCAAUUUGUUUUGCUUUGUCAGGAAUACCUCUCUUGUAAUCACAUUAACAGAAAAUAUUUUUCAUGUGUGAUUUAGCAGUUUGCUUUUUCAAACACACAUGCAGGUUGUCGAUUCCAUUUAUUAUGUCUGAACAUGUUUCAUUACCAAUCAACUGAGGGGGGAAAGAGUGACUGUUUUGUAUGUCAGUUUUACAUGAUUGUCAGGGAGCAUUUUGCCUUUUAAACAUUUUAGUAAAAUGGACGUUUUUUUUUUUUUUUUUUCAUUGCCACUUAUCACCGCAAUUUGUAUUUUAAUUUGGUGUUUUCCUAUUGCUAUAAUCAGUAAAUUUUAUUUUAGUAAAUUGCCAAACCUCUUCUGAAAGUUUGUAUAUUAAAUAAUAUUUGAUUGUAUCAUGUAUAGAGGAACAAUUCAUAGAGACAAUAGUUUAUGCUUUAUGAGCCACAUGAGGCCUCUGGGGUGCAAAGCCGUUUCUCACAAACAUGUUCAUCAGAAUUCAGUCAUUUUAAUUACCCAAUUUGUGCUUUUUUUUUUUUUUUUUUUUUUUAAUUUUACUUUUUUUGUCACUUUUAUUUAUUUUUGGUUUAUUUAUUGAUCUACUUUUUAUGUUGAAUCCUGGAACUCGCAUUCUUUGGAGACUGUCUUUUUGUAAGGUCAGAUUUUAAGUGCUGAAGAAAUUUAUAUACCAAAGGCCACCUCUCUAGUCCUUCAAGUGCAAUGAAAAUAAAACACUCUUAAUUUUGAAUAUGUGAAUUUAACAGGGAUUAAAAAGGCAGAGGUUGACAGAUCAACAGUAUUUUUUUCUGUUUUGUAAAAAGUAUAUUUUGUGUGAUUCUAAUUUAAAGCUCACUUUUAAUAGUAUAUUACUGUGAAGUCCUUCCUCAGUGUUACACUUGAUGUAAAUAAUGAAUAAAGAAACUGUUGAAACAUUG